AUGUCUAGGACUCCCCCCACACCCCUCUGGCCGCCCCCGGCCGCCCCUCCCCUCCCCCCCCCUCUACUUCCUCGCGGGCCCACCGCCCCUGCUCUGCGUCUCUCUGUCGUCAUGAAGCGUGGUGAGAAACUGAGGAAGACAGGACUCCAGGCUGCCCCUCCUGCUCUGUGCUAUGCUGGACCUGGAGAUGUGGCGUGUGAUGUCUGCACUGGGACCAGAAAGCAGAAAGCCUUCAUGUCCUGUCUUGUGUGUCUGGCCUCUUACUGUGAGACUCACCUCCAAUCUCACUAUGAAUCUCCUGCUUUCAAGAAGCACAAGCUGGUCAAAGCCACCGCACAACUACAGGAGAAGAUCUGCUCUCAUCAUGACAAACUGCUGGAGGUUUACUGUCGUACCGAUCAGCAGUGUAUCUGUUAUCUGUGUACAAUGGAUGAACAUAAAGGCCAUGAUACAGUGUCAGCUGCAGCAGAGAGGACUGAGAAACAGAGGCAGCUGGGGAGGAGUCAGCAGAAGAUCCAGCAGAGAUUCCAGGAGAGAGAGAAGGAGCUGAAGGAGCUYCAACAGGCUGUGGAGUCUCUCAAGGUGAGUGUUGUUGACCAGAGGAGACACACCAGUUCACUUCUCUCCUCCAGUCAGAAGAGAGAGGGRCCCCUCUUCAAUCCCACUGACCCCACUAUGUCUGGACCCCUUUCAGAGAAUAGACUGUUUAAUGUAACCRACAGGAUAUGAACCCAGGUCUACUGC